AUGCGCCUUGCAGUGUUAUUCUCUGCUGUUAGCAGUUUUCUGCUGGCAGCAAAUUGCAUUGCUGCUCCAACUGUCUCUCUUAUCGGAAAUACGCAGCUGGACGCCAAUGGGAUCUUCUUUGUAUCAUACGACGGAGUUGUGAACGUCAACUCUUUCCAGCUAUCUGGCGUUCUCACCUAUGCCAAUUGGCAAUACGCUGGUUGGUACACUUCGUCGAGGUAUGCGAUACUGGCGCGCAGGCAACUUCCUUCAGGCAGCUGGUCGACGCUUCAGCUGCCGCACCAACUCUCCACAAACGACUCCCACAACGUCAUCGCCAUUGGUGUCUCUCCUUCUGAUGGGAAAAUACAUAUUGCUUUGGACUGCCACAGUACCCAGAUGUAUUACACUAGUUCGGAGGCAGGCCUUGCAACCAGCGGUGCUAGUUGGACUGCAAGUCGGUUUGGAAGCAUCACCAACACACUUGGAAAUUUGAAUAUCGGAAGUACAAUUACUUACCCGCAGUUUGUGCUUACUUCGGAUAAUCUGUUGCAAUUCGUCUUCCGGACCGGCAUCUCUGGUAAUGGUGCCACGCAACUAGCAGAAUAUAACGGAAACUCCUGGUCAAACAUCGGAUCGUGGGCUUCUGCGUCUGGAACGUAUACCUCAACCAACGGCGUAACCAGUACCGCUCGCAAUUUAUACAUCCAUGGGUUUACUUAUAGGUUCGGUACCGCCCAUGUAACUGGGACAUGGAGAGAACAGAAUAGUGCAGUCUCUUGCAGUAGUGCCGGCUUGACGAACCAUGAUACGACUUACUUCUAUUCUCAAGAUAAAGGCCGCAGUUGGAAGAACAGUGCAGGAUCUUCUAUUGGACAAUCUGGUUCUAACCCUAUCAACGUUAACACUGGAGGAACCAUUGUCGACUCCCUUAAUGCAGACCAUGCUCUCAUGAAUCAAGAGUCCCAAGAUGUCGAUUCUUCAGGCCAAAUUCAUGCAAUCAUCUCCUAUGUACCAGGUCGCUUCACUCAGUGUGUUUCGAAUUAUGAGACUGAUCGGCCAUUAUACGCCAGACCGUUCCACGUAUACCGCCACACCAACGGUACAUUCACCAAGAUGGAGAUACCAUUCCCUGUCGAUUCUGUAGGGCGCUCGCAAAUUGUCUUGGACAGCAAUGAUAACGUAUACGUCGUGCUUCCGUUCGUUCGUAUCGUAACCGCCAGCAAGGCAUCUGGGUGGACCGAUUGGUCGUUGGCCUACGAUGGGGUUGCAGCGGGAUUGAAUGCGUUCGGAGAAGUCACCGUUGAUCGUGCCAGAGCUUCCAGUGGCGUUCUUUCGAUUCUCUACCAACUCAGUAGUUCUGGGACAACUCCUUCGCCAGUCAAGGUAAUCGACUUCGAGCUUAACGGCUGA